AUGAAGGUCGAGCACAACAUCCGCGACACAUCCCACCACGCCGCAAACUCCAAAAAGGGCAAACCAGCAAAGCAACAAAAGGCCAAGCCCAAGGCUCAACCCGAAGCCUCAUCGUCUUCUUCUGCCGCAGCAGCAGACAACACCUCCGCAGACAUCCUCCCCCUAACCCACCAACAACGCCUCCUCUCCUCCUUCGCCUCCGCCUUCCAACCCGUCCUCGCGUCCCCGGCCUUUGCUACGAUCCUGCAAGAAGUCAAAGCAGCGCUCUACGCCCGCGACUUUGACGCUGCUUUCACUUCGGCCAAGGCGGAGAGUUUGGAUGCGUACGCUGCGAGGUGGAGUCCCACCCGAUCCCUGGCGUACGCUGUUGUUAUGCUGGGUAUCGCGGAGCACCUCGAGGGGUUGGAGGUUCAGGUCAAGAAGGCUGAAGAUGAGGCUGGAGCUCAGCCUACCACCACCAACCCCAAGACGCAAAUCAAAAAGGAAAUCAAGAUCCUCUCCAUCGGCGGCGGCGCCGCAGAACUAGCCGCCCUAGCAGCCUACCUCUCCCAACAACCACCCUACCUAAAAGGCACAAUCACCCUCCUCGACGCCGCCCCCUGGAACCCCGUCGUCUCCAAACUCCACGCCGCACUCACAGUCCCGCCCCCGGUCUCGCGGUACGCAAACGAAGCCCAAGCCACCGCCGCAGCCCUCGUCGAGCCGGCGGCGCGCCUAUCCUCGUCCUUUGCACAGCUCGACGCCCUUGCAAUGACACGGGAAGAACUCUCAAACACGCUGGGCGGUACGGAUCCAGUACUCGUCACAUUACUAUUUACCCUCAACGAGCUCUACACCGCCGCCGGCAUCGGCAAGACAACCGCCUUCCUCCUCAACCUGACCGCCACCGUGCCCCUCGGCUCCCUUCUCCUCGUCGUCGACAGCCCCGGAAGCUACUCCGAGGCCGCGGUGGGCAAGGAGUCCAAAAAGUACCCCAUGCAGUGGCUCAUGGACCACACCCUCGUCAACAAGCCCGAAAAGGACGGCGUGUUCCCGGGGUGCCGAUGGGAAAAGGUCGAGUCCAACGACUCUGUCUGGUUCCGUCUCGCCGAUUCUCUGAAUUACCCAAUCUCUCUGGAAAAUAUGCGCUACCAAAUGCACCUGUAUCGCGCAACGAAACCCUAA